ACUGCCCCCAAGGAGGGACCUAAAGGGGGUGGAGGAGAGGCCGGAGGAGCGAAUGCGACAAGCUGGGAAAAUGCCCUCCCAGCUUUGGUUCUAGAAUCCCUAGUCUCCUGGCAAUGGUGCUGCUGAACCUCCGCAGACGCCAAGGGGGAUGGCAUCCACUGCUACCAGGAAUGUGGAGAAAAGGGGCAGCGGGCAAUCCCAAGCUACAGCCUCUGCAGCCUCCUUGGGUGAAGAAGGUUUCCCAUUCUGAGGAAUUCCUGACACAGAUCAGCACAGAACUCACUGACGAGGCCUUGUUUGUCGCUGCCUACCACAUGAAUCCUGUGCCCAUCAAGGAAAAACAGACACAAGACCAAGGGACUCAGAUAUCCCAACACGGUAGCUCUGCCUAGCAACUUGACAUCUGGAGGAUGAUCCCAACUCUGGUGCUGCUCUUGGCCUCUCGUGCCCUCCCCCUGCUCUGUUCCUCUAGAACAUGCAUCAAAGCUCCUCUUUCACAACUCAUUCAACAGUUCGGUUUUGGGGUGAUUCCUGGUCAUGAGCAACAUCACCCCUGAAGCCUCCAAAGGGUUCUGGAACCAUCACACACCUCUCCACCCUCAGCUAGCAAGGACACCACCAGAAAUCAAAAACUUUAAUAAAGUGACAGAGAUCCUUC